AUGUUCCCUUUGGUAGUUCUAUUGUGUUGCCUGGGGGCUUUGGUCUCCUCGGCUCCUCAAAAAGUGUUUUAUUCUGUUAACGAGGCCCCGAGCUACUUCGAAGAUUUCAUGCAGACGUACAAUAAGGUUUACAGCAGCGAAGCAGAGAAGCAAGCCAGAUUCGAAAUAUUCAAGAAAAACUUGGAAAAGCUCAACGAACAGAAUCAGGUGGAUGAUGCAGUUUUUGGCAUCAACGAAUUCACGGACUUGACCCCAGAGGAGUUUAUUUCACGCUACACUGGCUACGGUAACGUCGGUGCAGAGGUUAGAUGCCAGUAUUGGAGGUCUAACAACGCGAGCCGCGUGGCUGCGCCUGAGUCGCACGACUGGCGCGCGCUGAACAAGGUCACUCCAGUCAAAAGCCAGAUGACUUGCGGCUCCUGCUGGGCUUUCAGUGCUGUUGGUGCCGUCGAAAGUCAGUACGCGAUUGUCCACAACCAACUGUUAGAUUUAUCUGAACAACAAGUGGUGGAUUGUACCCAAAGCACCUUCGGUUGCCAAGGGGGAUGGAUGUCAAAUGCUCUUGAUGAAUUAGCGAAUACCGGCGGCAUCAUGGGAGAACAGGACUACAGCUACCAGAAUUCGCAGGGCUACUGCAAGUACGACGCCAGCAGGGCCGUAGUCAGGGUCACCUCCUGCCGCCAGUUCGACUUCCGAUCGGAGGAGGAACUCAAGGAGACCCUCGCGAGUGUUGGACCUCUCUCCAUUGCGGUCGCAGUUGACAGCUGGCAGAACUACCACGGGGGAUUAUUGGAAAUGUGCCCCCAAUCCCAAGUCAACCAUGCUGUGCUUCUAGUCGGUUAUGGUUCAGAGGGAGGCAGGCCAUACUGGAUUAUCAAGAACUCAUGGGGUCUUGGAUGGGGAGAAUCAGGGUACAUCAGGAUCAAGAGGAAUGUGAAUGCCUGUAACCUGAUGGGUGGUCAAUUCGUUACUGCAACAGUGCAGUAG